CUGUUUUUCAUCUGUCUCUCUCCCUCUCUCUCUCGCAUUGCCCUCGUUUUUCUUUCGUUUUCCAUAUUAAGAAAACGUAAGCUACAUUGGCCGGCACAUGUUGUAUGAGAGAUUUAAGAGGGGAGCAGCAGCAGAUUUGAAUUCUGUUAUUGAUCAGGUUUCAUGUUUUAGAAUAAGAAAACGCCUUUUUCGGUCAUAUUUUGUUUAACGGGGGAAAACCCGGUUUUACAGGUAUGGCUCAGAUUUCACCAAAGCUGCUGAUUCCGGAGUCGUUUCAAGUGUCGAGAGAUGAUAUCACGGGCCAACUGGGUUUGAUUUGGGAGCUGAUCAAAGCACCAUUGAUAGUCCCUUUGCUGCAACUCGGUGUCUACAUUUGCUUACUCAUGUCGCUUAUGCUCUUCAUGGAGCGGGUUUACAUGGGAAUAGUCAUCAUUCUCGUUAAGCUUUUCUGGAAAAAACCAGAGAAGCGUUACAAGUUUGAGCCCAUUCAAGAUGACGUCGAACUAGGCAGCUCGAAUUUCCCUGUCGUUUUAGUCCAAAUCCCAAUGUUCAAUGAAAAAGAAGUUUACAAGAUCUCCAUUGGAGCUGCUUGUGGACUUUCAUGGCCGUCGGAUCGUCUCGUGAUCCAAGUACUUGAUGAUUCAACUGACCCUGCAAUCAAGAUGAUGGUAGAGCAAGAGUGCCAGCGGUGGGCAAGCAAAGGGAUAAACAUAACGUACCAAAUAAGGGAAAACCGGACCGGUUACAAAGCAGGGGCGUUAAAAGAAGGUUUGAAACGAAGCUACGUUAAACACUGUGAAUACGUCGCAAUUUUGGACGCCGAUUUCCGACCCGAACCCGAUUUCCUCCGAAGGAGCAUACCGUUCUUGGUCAACAACCCCGACAUUGCUCUCGUUCAAGCUCGCUGGAGAUUCGUGAAUGCGGAUGAAUGCUUGUUAACAAGAAUGCAGGAGAUGUCGUUGGAUUACCAUUUCACAGUGGAGCAGGAAGUUGGAUCAGCAACACAUGCUUUCUUUGGUUUUAAUGGGACUGCUGGUAUUUGGAGAAUUGCCGCCAUUAACGAGGCCGGUGGCUGGAAGGAUCGAACCACCGUGGAGGACAUGGACCUCGCCGUCAGAGCUAGUCUCCGGGGGUGGAAAUUCGUGUACCUCGGUGACCUUCAAGUGAAAAGCGAACUUCCUAGUACUUUCAAGGCAUUUCGGUUCCAGCAACAUCGAUGGUCUUGCGGCCCUGCAAAUCUGUUCAGGAAAAUGGCGUGGGAAAUCAUUCAAAAUAAGAAAGUGAAAUUCUGGAAGAAAGUAUAUGUGAUCUACAGCUUCUUCUUCGUACGAAAGAUCAUUGCUCAUAUGGUCACAUUUUCCUUUUACUGUGUUGUUCUUCCCCUUACCAUUUUGGUCCCUGAAGUUAAAGUCCCAAUCUGGGGAGCCGUUUACAUUCCUUCAGUCAUCACAAUUCUAAACUCUGUCGGAACUCCGAGAUCGAUCCACCUAUUGUUUUAUUGGAUUCUGUUCGAGAACGUGAUGUCGUUGCACCGGACAAAGGCGACAUUUAUCGGUCUCCUCGAGGCAGGGAGAGCCAAUGAAUGGGUUGUCACUGAGAAACUCGGAGAUGCUGUCAAGAAAGCAGCAGCAGAUGCUGCUAAGAACAAGAACAACGCCAAAUCAAUCAGAAAGUUUCGAUUCAAAUUCACCGAUAGACUGAAUACCUUGGAGCUUGGAUUCGCCGCUUUCCUCUUCGUUUGCGGAUGCUACGAUCUUGUUAACGGGAAGAACCACUACUUCGUAUACCUCUUCCUGCAAACCUUUAGCUUCUUCAUCACCGGGAUCGGCUACGUCGGCACCAUCAUUUAGUAAAACAUUUCAAGCGGAAAAGUUUAUCUGCAACAACUGGACUGCAAAAUAUCAGUUUAUAAGUUAUUUUUAGUUGAUUUUCAAACAGAAAUAGCUCAUUCAACAUAUUCAGCACUUUCGCUAAAUCUCCCUCAAGAAGAUUGCUGUUGAUGGAAAUCUUCAGCAGCAAAACAAAGAAGUGUUGUUAUUGCCAAUAUAUAUUCAUACGAGUCAAGGACAACAACAAAAAAAACAUGCUUUUGGAUAGUUGUCUUUAGACAAUUCGCUUGUAAUUGUGAGAAUUUUUUCUUUUUGGGGUUCUUCAUUUGUUAGUUUUACUGGAGCAUUUUCAAGGGGAAUAAAGUGACGAAUAGAAGGGUGAACUUUGUAAUCACAGUUAGUUAAUUUAUCAAAUCCCAGUCUCUGCAUGAUUCAGUUA